AAUAAUCCGCUUCACCGGCUUCCCCAACACAUCCACGCUCUCACGGCUUUUGGCAAAUCCGCGAGUGCUAUUACUAGCUACUAGCCACCAGCAACCCCGCCAACAUAGAGGUUGUCUUGCCUGCAUGCACAUGGGUUUGGUGCUGACACAACAAAACCUCUCUUGCAUUUUAUUCAUUGCUACAAUUCAACAUCCAUAUUUUUUAAUAAUUAGUGCUGCGUAACCAUGGUAAAGGUGGAUUGGCCAGAGACAGCAGUGCCCUUGUUCUUGCCGCAAGAAUGGCAAACCACCAAAAACCAACUGGCCGUCCCUGGUGAUCCUCCCAAAUGCGUCUACAAAUACGAUGACAAAGAAAAUCUCUUGAAGUUGGUUUCCUUGGACGAUCCAGAAGUGGUGAUUGAUAUUCUCGAUCCAGAAGAUGUCAUCAAUGUGGCGGUCGAAAUUAACAUGACCAAUGACAUGGAUCCUCGUGUCACUACUACUGGUACUACAUUUACUACUGACAACGACAAGGAAGACACGGGUCGUCCAUCCAAUGCUCCUCCCACAGACACACUCUCCGAUACACAAGGUCACGCCAUAUUGACAAUUUAUUCCUAUCCGCGAGAAGACCCCAACAAUCCACCCGACAAGGGAUCCUCCAUUUUACGGUGGUGUGGAAUGGGGAAAAUUAAUCCCAAACCCCGACCCACCUAUCAACGUCCGGGCGAACAAGAAUGGGAAAAAUGGGGACAUCGAUAUGCCUUUCAUCGACGAUUCACCGUGGUACCCAGCGAAGAUGUGGGACCACUCAAUCAACUCGUCAAGGCCAUUCGACAAGCGGCAGAGUUACUCCAAGAUCGAGGACGAGCCCUGGUCGUCGUUAAUCCCUUUGCUGGUGGACAAAACAAGGCCGAAGGAUUGUAUCACGAUAUUGUCAGUGUCGUUCUGGAACAAGCCAAUGUGGAACACGAUCUCGUCGUUACCAAAUAUGCACUACAUGCCAAAGAACGCAUGAUGAAAGGAGGCGGGAAAGAUGAUGAUGAUGAUGAGGGUCGAGAUUUGGCAGAAUACACGGCACUCAUUCCCGUCGGUGGGGAUGGAAUUGUAUUCGAGUGCUUGCAAGGAAUCAAAGCACGCGACGAUGCACUCGAAAUACUCCAAAAACUCAACGUGGGCAUUAUCGGCGCUGGAACGUCCAACGGAAUGGCCAAGUCCAUUGCCGUCACCAGUCAUCAACAAUCGUCCGUCUUGGAUGCAUCCUUCCUCAUUGCCAAGGGAUGUACACGACGCACGGAUUUGAGUGAGUAUCGGACUGCCAAUCAGUCGUACUGGUCUUUUCUGACAUUUUCAUGGGCCAUGAUGGCCAGUAUUGAUAUCGAUUCCGAGUGUCUUAGAGCCUUGGGAACUUUCCGGUUUGAUCUAUGGGGAGCAUGGUGUGUCGUGGGAAUGAAAUCAUACAAAGCCAAGUUUAGUUAUUUGCCUCCCGACAAGGAUGACAACAAGGCCGAUCCGACAUUGCCAGCAUUGACCGAGGAACUACCAGCUUCAAAAUGGGUCACAGAAGAAGACGACUUUUUGUUGCUGUGGACAUCACAUGUCGCAUAUGGCGGAGAGAAGGUGUACCACUGUCCUCCCAGUCGAUUGGAUGACGAAGUCUUUCAUAUCUUGGUGAUCAGAAAAAAGAACACGUCCCGUCUUGCCAUGGCCCAAAUGUUGAUUGGAAUUGAAGAUGGCUCACAUGUCAAGUUCCCUCAGGCUGAAUUCAUCCCGUGCACUGCAUUUAGGCUGGAGCCUGCAACAUCUUCCAUCAACGAUCUUGAUGGGGAAGUCGUGGAAUCGGGACCGAUACAAGCCAAAGUCAUGCCGGGUGCCAUGAAAGUUUUUUGCAAGUAGAGGCGAGUCGAAAGACAUCCUUAUUUUAAAGAGAACUAAUCAACGUGUGAUCAUACCUGUAUUGCUGAAAGGGUAGACGAUGUAGCUGCGAGCGGGUGCAAGAAUGCUGGUUUCCACGUACGACUGUACUGAAUGUACUGUAGCAAGAGUUGGUCCUCGCUCAGUGUGCACUUUGUAGGAAUUGAAUGGUGAACCCACCCACCACCCGUAGGGCACAAGCGGCUACCGUUGCUAGCUAGUACUGUAGUUUUUUCCUUCCGAUUGGUUUCACGGUGCUCUCAGAAACCACACCAGUGGUGUUUCCGUUGGGUUACUGAGGGGUUAUGGGAGGACUAUUGAGUGGAAAUCAAGGGCAUUGCAUGCAAGGGAGGCGAGACAGGGAACCAAGGACGGAGCAGGCGCGCCAGAGGGCCAGU